CUGGCUACUGACUAAUCAGUGUUUUAUUCAUCAACCAAUAAGAGAAACAUAGAUACAGAAGGACAUUUUCCUUUCUUAAAUGACCCAUAAGGUAUUUUUAAAGUCAAGUUUUCCAGGGUUUAAUCUUCUAAUCUGAUUUCUAGAGCCACUUUUCUCAUUAAUAAUAAAAUAUCUAACCUCACUAAGAGUAAGAUAUUUUGUCUGAAAAGUAAAGUGUUCAGUUUAUGCAGCUACUGGUAAUUAGGCAUAGCUGGUAAAAUUUAUUUUCUAGAUAUGUCAAAGUAAGAGGAAAUGUUUCUAAAGGGAAGCCCCAAGUACCCACCUAUUCUCCAUCCAUAGUCUCCUCCUGAAACAGUUGGGCAAUUGGGUAGGUACUUUGGUUAGUGAAAGAAAUUAUGAUGUGCUCUCCUCCAGCCUUACUUUUGAACUCAGUGUUCUUCCAGUCUUCUCUUGGCGGUCUGGAGUUUUGUUGUUUAUUCCUUAUUCAAUUACUUCUUCAUCUAAAGAUACCCAUAAUUUUUUUAAGAAUUACUUUUUAAUGUAACUCAUUUUAUUACAAGCAGAGGGGCUCUGGUAUAUUACUUUGAAGAAUAAUUGAUAAGCAAUUCAAGCUAUGGGAAUAUGUCCUACCAGCAUAAAAGUAACAGAUUAAGAAUUUAUGUAUAAGAAAAAGUAGGGGAAAUGAUGGAGAACCUCUUGUUACAGGUGGUAAGGUAAAUUAACUAUAAAGAUAUCUGAAAAGCCACAAGGAAUCAUAUCAUUAACUAUUUACCUAAAUAAACUUAUAAUAUGUAUAAUUCUAUUUGUGAAUGCACAUAUAUAAUUUUUAAUGAACUUUCUCAUCUUGAAUGAUAAUGCUUCCUCUAAGAGUCAAAGAUCACCUAACAAAAGAAUCCAAUAUCAGACUUGAGAAACCCUCUUUGAGUUGUUGACCAGGGCUGUCCAAGACAUUCCCAAAGCAUACAGCCUUAUUUGCCCUCCUGGUGGAAGAUAAGUCCCUAUUUCUGAAGACAUCAUUCAUUUCAAAAACAGGUUCAAAUACCCCUGCUCUGGGUCUGGCCGAUAAAUUCCUCCUCCAUGAGGAUUGACUUUCAUGGUACCAUGAGGCACCAUGCAAGUUUCUAAGGGAGGAAGGUAACCAACCGUCCUACCCAGCUUUGACAUCUAUGAACCACAGCAACUACCAGCAUGGCACAAUAACCCUAAGGGUGCAGUAGUGGCACACAUGCCUUGGAAGUAACCAGCUCUCUAAUUGGACCUAAGAUCAACUCAACAAGAAGGAUACCACAGCUGGUACUGGAAACCUAGCUAACCACUCAUUGCUAGUGAAACCAUUGGUGUUGGAGAAGAAUCUACAACCACUAUUUUACUAAACCAGAAUAAUCCCUCUCAAGAAUCUAAAUAUUUGUCUUUAUAACUACAGAUAAAUGUCUUCACCCCUCACCAAUGAAACUCCUCUGUGACAGAUAGAAACCACUACAGGAAAUAACAACUAAUCAAAAUGUCAAGUGGAGCCCAUUCCCAAUGGAUAUAUCUAUAAAACACUUACAUAUCUCAGGCAACAUUAGAACAACAAGGAAUAUUGCAGGAGGUGGAAAGACUGUUAAGAGCCAGAGGAUCAGGGGUUUGCUGUGAGAUUGUGUCUCCUAGCAAUGUCAGAACCUACACCUAUAAAGUCUCACCAACAUGACUGCCAAACCCAAGUUGAACAAGAAAGGACAACAAUAAUGGAGAAGCCAAAGUGGAUAGGGGAAGCUUAAAAGGUCUCAACUCUCCACAGAACUGCAGUCAACUAAGACAUGUUAGAAACGGGAGAAAUUGUGGUGAUAUAUUAUUUAUAAUUUAAUAAAGCCACUGGAGAUCAAAAUGCAAAGGUAGCCACAGCCACAGAGCCAGGCAGUGGCUACAUGAGAGUGAAUCAGUCUAAAUGAGAAACAGAGUUCACAACUUUAAUCCCAGCACUAGGAAGGUAUAAAAUGAAGAAACAAAGGGUCGCAUGUGAGAUUCAGUUCAGACAGAGAAAGCAUUAUACUCUGGAGAUUUAAGACCAUCCAUUUUGGUCUGAGGUAGAGAUAAGAGCCAGUGGCUUAGCUGUUUUGCUUUUCUGAUCUUCAGCUUGAAGCCUGAACCCCAAUAUCUGUCUCUGGGUUUACACUGUUUAUAUUACAUUGUCUAUGUUAUAUUCUUUCCCAGGAAAGAACCUGCCAAUGCCAAAUGGGCAGCCCUGAAAACAUACAUACAAGUAUCAAUAUAUGGGCUGAAUAGGUUAUAUUUAGGAACAUGUGUACAUAUGUAGUAACAAUAGAAAGAAUACAAGGAAGGAUAUAUGAGAGGAUUUGGAGGGAGAAAUGUUGUGAUGACAUUAUAAUCUCAAACAUUUUAAAAAAUAAUUUCUGUAUAAAAAUGAUGCCUGCCUUAUUAAUUGUGAUAAAACCUAUAAUCAAUGUCUAUGACCAAAAAUAGGGGCAAAUGGCAGCAUAUUCAUAUCACAAAAUAUUAGAAAGCUAUUAAGAUGAAUUCUGUAAAUUAUUAAAUAUGUAUGUCAUAUAAUUUCUUCUUUUAAGAACUCCAACCCUAAAGCUACUCCAAAGAAUGUAUACAUAAGUUAAUGUACAUGUUAUAUGAUCCAGGGGAAAGCAGGGAGAAUUUAUACCAUAGUGCUGUGUCUUAUCACAUGAAUUAAUAGAAAUUUAUCAGUCAGUUAGGGUUUCCUCAACUGUAAAUAAAACCGAUUUUGAGCCCACAAUGAUAGAAUGGGAUGCCAUAGAAAUCCACCCCCUUGCACAGACAGGUGGCUUCUUCAGAAUCACUGAUGGACUGGGCUCUGGAUCCUAGGGUUUCUAUCCUCAUUGAUGAUUUUGAGAAGCAUUCCCUUUGCUUUUCUUACACUGACAAAUAAUUAUAAUUCUUGGUCUUUUACCUACACUCCUGGAGCCCCUGCCUAUUAUCUCAAAACUGGAGGAUAAAUACAUAGGCUAAAAAACAAGAAAAACCUGGAAUGGUCCCUCAAACCAUUGCCUCUUGCCUUUACAAUAUAUAUUUAAAAAGGUGGGGUGGUGGGAACGGAGGGUUGCCUCCUGCUGUGGUUUGAAUGCUAAAGUGUCUCCUACAGACUCAAGUGUUUUUUAUGGCUGGUUCCAGAUAGAGGUGCUGCUUUGGUAGGUUGUGGAGCCUAUAGGAAGUCAAGCCUGGCUGGAGAAAAUGGAUUGCUGAGCGUGGGCUUUCAGAGUUACAGUCCCUCACAAACCCAGUUUCCAUUCUGUAACCACUAAGGGGAUAUGAACAGUUUCACCACACUCAACCACCACAGCCUUGAGCCAUUCCCGUUUCCAUGUCUUCCUCCCCAUGGUGGACUGCAUCCCUUCAAACAGUGAGCAAAAAUAACCCUGUCUGCAUUAACUUGCUUCUUAGCAUAUAUUUGGUCACAACAAUAAUAUAAGAACUAAUACACCUCCUCUGGUUUGCAGAGAACUCUGCUAUCUCAGAAGUCGUAAGUAGAAUUCUCUAGAUUCACUGCCUGAAUGGAGAUAAUGUUGUCACACCUAAAGCUGGCACUAUGCUAAGCAUUGGCCAUGCUUCAUGAGAUUGGAGUACAAAUUGCUUUGGACCAGGAGUUUUCAAAGCAUAGUCAAUUAAACAACUGGGAGAGUCUCCCGAACCCAUUACUAAAAUAAAAAAUAAGUUAAUUGUUUUUAAUGCUAGCUGGGUUCAUGGUUGCUGUCUUUGAAUAUCAGUAAAUAUUUUUAGGAUUUCUACUUUAAUUGCUAAUACAGUGGAUAAUAAUGAAUAUAGCACAAAAACACAACAUUAAAAGCCAUUAGGAAAUGGCUCAAUGGGUAAAAGUACUUGCUGUGCAAGCAUGAAGAACUGAGGUCAAAUCCUCAGGACCUACAAAAACGUGAUCAUGGUUGUGUGUGUGCCUAUCACUCCAGUACUAGUAGGGCUUUUCAGAGACAAGAUCACUGAAUCUUGCUGGCUACCAGCUUAGUUCCGGAUUCGAUGAGAGACCCUGUCUCAAAGAAAUAAGGAAGUAAGCUAAAGCAGGACAUCCCACUUCCUUUACUGGCCUCUGCAUAGACACACACUUGGGCAAAUGCACCCCCACACAUACACACAAAUGUCCACAUAUCCCACGCAUGUCUCACGUAUACAAAUAUUGAAACAAAACAGGGUAGUUUGUUUUUAUUGUUGUUUAUUUGUUUGUUUUAGGAGCCUAAAAGGUCAUUGAGGAGGGAUUAUUCCACAAUGGAAAUUCACCUCUGGCCCUGAGGAGAUGAGGCAACCUGAUCUACUUCAAAGAUUAUAACAUUCCAUACUGUUGUUUCCUCCCUUUUGAGUUAAUCCAUUUGGGUGUGUCAGUCACCUGACCAAGAGACCAGUCCUCAGGAAGGCUGCCUUGCUAAGGAGAUGAGAGGAAUAAUUAUCCCCUUAAUGAGAUGUUCUACUUUUCCUUCCCAGAAGCCCUGCUCUCCGUGCAGCUGCUUGCAUGCUUUUCAUCAUGUAGCCUUGUGACGUAUGACCAUUUUUCUGAGUCCUAACUUAGAAAAGCUUAAGUUUCUCUUUCACUUUUCCUCCUCUCUAUCUUUUAUGUAAGCAUGCUUUUCCUUAACACUUUAGGCUUCCUCACUCUUUCUUUCAAGCCCCUCCUUCGCCUUUCACAAUGUGGCUGCUUACAAAGGAGGGCAGGGCAUAGCUCUCUGUCUUACAACAUUUACAACCUGCCUGCCCUGUUUUUCUUCCCUUAAAUGCUAAUAAAAAAUUUCUACUUGCUUUCUUCUAAGUCUGUUUUUAAAUUAUUUUAUUAAAAAGACUAAAAACCCAAGAGGGAAUUGCAAUUUUCCCAGUAAAAUAAGGGACCUAAUACGGGGCUUCCCGAAGUUUCUGGUAACAAUUUAAUUUUGAUCUUGUCUAUUGGCAUGUCUUAUCGUAAACACCUUAAUAUAAUUUGAGUGAAAAUUACCUCAAGCUCUUUUCUUCCUAAUAAUGGUAAAUUUAAAGGAAAUUUUGUCUCUGAGUUGAAGAUUAAAAACUUAAAAAAUUCUUUCAGUUAAGAUGGAAAAUUAGAAGCAACCUAGUAAAACUGAGGAUUCAGGAGAAAAAUCAAUAGACAAUGUCCUAUAAAAGAGGGAGCUGAAUAAAAGGUUAGUAAAACUCUGCUUUGCAUCGCAUUUCCAACUCAUUAUCACAGCCCAGGCUGAUCUCUCUACCCAUGGUGUAGCCAUCCCUGUUUGGUCUUUGUCACUAUGCUUCCAACUCCUGGGUCCUGGAGAAGAAACAUCCACUUGGCAGCUACUAUUGACCUCAUCCCAUGAGGUGUAUUGUGUGACUGGGCACUGCGGGGUCCAGGCUCGUGCCUUGUAAUAUGUCAUCUCUUGCUUUCCUGGCUUUAGGGGUUGCUGAUGAGAAACCUGGUGUGUUUUUGCUGUUGUUUACCUUAAGGAGUGCAGCAUUUUUUCCCUUCCAUCUUUUAAUAUAGUUUCUUCCUUUUGAAUAUUUGGCAUUUUUGUCUAUAAUAUGUUGCUGUUUGGGGUUAGGGUUCUUAGAUGCUUAGCUGUUCAUUCAUUUCUCUGGAUUUGGGGAAAAUUUUGUUCUUAUUUUGUGGAAUAAAUAAUUUAUACAUUUGAUUUUUAUGCUAUUGUAGUGACAUCUUGUUUCAACAGUGGACUUGAGGUGAUGGCCACAUCCUAGGGGCAUGGCUUCAGGUGUGCAGAAGUGACCCCUUAUAAGGAACAGUAGUGGUGGUAGUAGGAACUCCGGAAAGGCAGAGACUGAGUCUUCAGGAGCAGGAAGACUGCGAUGGUUAUUUACUAUUAAUUGUGUAAGCCUUUCCCUAAUAAAUACCUGUUAAUCAUUCAUCUUGGGUCUUGUGGGUUCAUUUAAACCCCACCUUGCUGGUAUCCUUUCAAUCCCAGAUACUCUUGGGUUUGGUCGACUGAAAGUGUUCUGGAGUUCUUAUAUAUUUGUAUUGUGCAUGUCAAUUUUUGUCCUCACGUGUGUCUGAGUGUAUUAUUGUCCUCCAUUCUUGAAAUUUGUGAUUCUAUUUCAGCUUGUUUGCUUAUUUCUUAGUGAUGCUUUCCUUUUUCCCCUUUCUUGAUUCAUUUCAUCUUUUGCUUCCAGAAUUCCUGGUUUUUCCUUCUUCAGUUUCAAUUUCCUUGCUGAAUUCAUGCUUGACAUUUAAAAAAAAAAUUCCCUACUGAAUUGCUGACCAUUUCCUCCACACUGAUAAUGUUCUUGAGUAGAUUCUGAAUUGAUUCUCUUACUUUGUUGACGUGUGCCAUCUAUGAAGCCAUUGAUUCUUCUUUAGUGUAAGGUGCUGAAACCCUUUUCUGACAUCUGAGUUGUCUCAUUGUUUUUGUCUUCAGCGCUGAGGAGCUUCGAGCUUCUACAGCUACUCCAUAUGCUUGUUCGAGCAUAUUUUGUGUGUUUCUCUGUUGUUCUUUGCACAUCUGUAUUUUGCCCUCUACUUUUUAUUAGCUUCCCCUUCCCUGCUCUUUUUGUUUCUUUGUUUUCUUUUCCAUGAGUCUUUGCCUUCACUUAGUGAGCCUGCUUGGUGCUGUAUCAGAUCAAAUGAUUUAAUAGAAGCUGCAAGCUUGACUUGGAAUAAAAUGCACUUGCCUAUUCACUUGUGUUUCAACAAGACUUGGAAGCUGCAUUACUGGGGUCAGGGGGUGCCACCUGGGAAAAAUGCAGUUCAUAUGUUUUUUAAAGCUAAGGCUAUCAAUUAAUAAUAAACUAAGUAAGAAAGGGGGAAAGAGAGAGUAAAACAUGAAUGAGAGACAAAGAAUACGGGUUAGAGGAGUGAGAAAAUACCAUCGAAUAGAUGGAGAGAAAGAGAAAUGAGUCAUAAAAACCCUGAAAGCAAAACAACUAAACAAAUGAACUACAAAAGUAUAAAUCAAAAGAAUAAAAUAAAACUAAAAAAUAAGAAAUAAAAUGAAAUGAAAGACAUUAUAACUUCAGUGGUGUUUUUCUUCAUUGGUAUGUGUAUUGUCAGUUUUAAUUGUCAACUUGAUAAGAUGCAGCAUCACAGAGAAAAGGAGCCUCCAAGAAAUAUUAUCUAGAUCAGAGUGUCUGGUGAGCAAGUCUGGGGGUGGAAAUGAUUGCUGAAUGGCAGGUGACCAUGUCUGUGUGUGGCAAGAAUAUUGAUUGUUGAAUGAAUGGCUGAUGAGCAUGUCUGGUGUACUGAUUGCUGAAUGGUUGGUGAGCAUGCCUGGGAGGGAGCUGUUUAUUGCCAAAUGACUUGUGAGCAUGUGUAUGUGGGGGGGGUGUUAUAUUGAUUGCCUUAAUUGGUGUGGAAAGACCCACUCUAACUGGGCAGCAACUUCUGUAGUAAUCCAGAUAAAGGGACAUGGAAAGACAAUGAUUCUUGUUUUAUGGUUGCUUGCCUUUCACCCUCACUGGUAAAUUCAUCUGCCUUGUUGCUGCUACUGAUGAGUCCUUCACUGAUGUCACAGUCUCUUUGCACUUCCGGUGUGGACUAAACAGUGGCAGCUCUCCAGUUCUCCAGGAAUCUUCCAGGACCAAUAAAUUAGAACGUCUGAGGCAUCUGGUAACAUGGACUGAGCAACUAACAUUCUCUCUCACCUCUCAGGCAGGAGACACCCAUUGUUGGACUACUCUGAUUGUAUCCUGUAAGCCAUGCUAAUAAUUCUCCUUUAAUAUGUACUCAUUCUAUUGGUUUAUGUCUUCUAGAGAACCCUGGCUAAUUCGGGAUGAAUCUGGCUUCUCCUCCUCUUUGUUAGCAAUCUCUGCAGUUGGGAUGAUGGCCACUAAGUUCAAUAAUUCAAACAAGUUGAAUGAAAAAUGGAAGCACAGAGAAAUUAAGUGAUUUGCCAAAGAUAACACAGGUUUAAGUGGUACAAUUUGAUAAGACUUGACUCCAGCCAGUCUGGUCCCAGCUGACAUAAUUUAAACCACAGGGCUUUCCCCAUGCUUGUUCUUACACCUUUCCAGUUUCUUUCAUGAUUUCUGGGGUUUCCUUUGCAAAGGAAGAUCAUUUAGUGUGUCAAAUGUGAUGGCUUUUUGUUUUACAAUGCAGUAAGACAGACCAUAAGUGGUGUGAUAAAAUUUAAAAAUCAAUUCUUCCUGUCAAAAAUAUUGACCAACCUGAACUUGGGAACGAACUUCUGUAAUGUCAGCCCUAAAGAGACUGAGACAGAAGGAUCAGGAGUUUGAAGCCAGCUGGAACUAUAGCAGUACCACUUCAUGUGACUCACUAAGGAAACUGUAGUCGUGAACCAACACAAAACUAGAUUAGACCUCGGCUGUCGUAGCCAUCACGCUCAAAUGGGGCAAGACACGGAAGUGGAUAAGCAGGUGGUGCAUAUGCUGUGAGAAAAGUGAAGCAGAACAAAGACACAGUGCUGAGAGGGCCCGACAUCCACAGACGGUGUUAGCCAAGGCUGGGGAGGGCGGGGGAGCCAGCCAUGCACAGAUAUCCUGGGAGCGUCGCAGCAGCAAUGGAAUGUUCAGCAGGAUGGCACUUGGAGGCUACAAGAACUAGCAGAGGACAAAAGAGGCAGUGUGACAAUAAGGAACAUGGUGAGGAAUGUCCUUAGAAGGCUCCUGGAAGACACAGUGCUGAGAAGGCCGACAUCCACAGACGGUGUUAGCCAAGGCUGGGGAGGGCGGGGGAGCCAGCCAUGCGCAUUUAUCCUGGGAGCGUCGCAGCAGCAAUGGAAUGUUCAGCAGGAUGGCACUUGGAGGCUACAAGAACUAGCAGAGGACAAAAGAGGCAGUGUGACAAUAAGGAACAUGGUGAGGAAUGUCCUUAGAAGGCUCCUGGAAGACACAGUGCUGAGAAGGCCGACAUCCACAGACGGUGUUAGCCAAGGCUGGGGAGGGCGGGGGAGCCAGCCAUGCGCAUUUAUCCUGGGAGCGUCGCAGCAGCAAUGGAAUGUUCAGCAGGAUGGCACUUGGAGGCUACAAGAACUAGCAGAGGACAAAAGAGGCAGUGUGACAAUAAGGAACAUGGUGAGGAAUGUCCUUAGAAGGCUCCUGGAAGACACAGUGCUGAGAAGGCCGACAUCCACAGACGGUGUUAGCCAAGGCUGGGGAGGGCGGGGGAGCCAGCCAUGCGCAUUUAUCCUGGGAGCGUCGCAGCAGCAAUGGAAUGUUCAGCAGGAUGGCACUUGGAGGCUACAAGAACUAGCAGAGGACAAAAGAGGCAGUGUGACAAUAAGGAACAUGGUGAGGAAUGUCCUUAGAAGGCUCCUGGAAGACACAGUGCUGAGAAGGCCGACAUCCACAGACGGUGUUAGCCAAGGCUGGGGAGGGCGGGGGAGCCAGCCAUGCGCAUUUAUCCUGGGAGCGUCGCAGCAGCAAUGGAAUGUUCAGCAGGAUGGCACUUGGAGGCUACAAGAACUAGCAGAGGACAAAAGAGGCAGUGUGACAAUAAGGAACAUGGUGAGGAAUGUCCUUAGAAGGCUCCUGGAAGACACAGUGCUGAGAAGGCCGACAUCCACAGACGGUGUUAGCCAAGGCUGGGGAGGGCGGGGGAGCCAGCCAUGCGCAUUUAUCCUGGGAGCGUCGCAGCAGCAAUGGAAUGUUCAGCAGGAUGGCACUUGGAGGCUACAAGAACUAGCAGAGGACAAAAGAGGCAGUGUGACAAUAAGGAACAUGGUGAGGAAUGUCCUUAGAAGGCUCCUGGAAGACACAGUGCUGAGAAGGCCGACAUCCACAGACGGUGUUAGCCAAGGCUGGGGAGGGCGGGGGAGCCAGCCAUGCGCAUUUAUCCUGGGAGCGUCGCAGCAGCAAUGGAAUGUUCAGCAGGAUGGCACUUGGAGGCUACAAGAACUAGCAGAGGACAAAAGAGGCAGUGUGACAAUAAGGAACAUGGUGAGGAAUGUCCUUAGAAGGCUCCUGGAAGACACAGUGCUGAGAAGGCCGACAUCCACAGACGGUGUUAGCCAAGGCUGGGGAGGGCGGGGGAGCCAGCCAUGCGCAUUUAUCCUGGGAGCGUCGCAGCAGCAAUGGAAUGUUCAGCAGGAUGGCACUUGGAGGCUACAAGAACUAGCAGAGGACAAAAGAGGCAGUGUGACAAUAAGGAACAUGGUGAGGAAUGUCCUUAGAAGGCUCCUGGAAGACACAGUGCUGAGAAGGCCGACAUCCACAGACGGUGUUAGCCAAGGCUGGGGAGGGCGGGGGAGCCAGCCAUGCGCAUUUAUCCUGGGAGCGUCGCAGCAGCAAUGGAAUGUUCAGCAGGAUGGCACUUGGAGGCUACAAGAACUAGCAGAGGACAAAAGAGGCAGUGUGACAAUAAGGAACAUGGUGAGGAAUGUCCUUAGAAGGCUCCUGGAAGACACAGUGCUGAGAAGGCCGACAUCCACAGACGGUGUUAGCCAAGGCUGGGGAGGGCGGGGGAGCCAGCCAUGCGCAUUUAUCCUGGGAGCGUCGCAGCAGCAAUGGAAUGUUCAGCAGGAUGGCACUUGGAGGCUACAAGAACUAGCAGAGGACAAAAGAGGCAGUGUGACAAUAAGGAACAUGGUGAGGAAUGUCCUUAGAAGGCUCCUGGAAGACACAGUGCUGAGAAGGCCGACAUCCACAGACGGUGUUAGCCAAGGCUGGGGAGGGCGGGGGAGCCAGCCAUGCGCAUUUAUCCUGGGAGCGUCGCAGCAGCAAUGGAAUGUUCAGCAGGAUGGCACUUGGAGGCUACAAGAACUAGCAGAGGACAAAAGAGGCAGUGUGACAAUAAGGAACAUGGUGAGGAAUGUCCUUAGAAGGCUCCUGGAAGACACAGUGCUGAGAAGGCCGACAUCCACAGACGGUGUUAGCCAAGGCUGGGGAGGGCGGGGGAGCCAGCCAUGCGCAUUUAUCCUGGGAGCGUCGCAGCAGCAAUGGAAUGUUCAGCAGGAUGGCACUUGGAGGCUACAAGAACCAGCAGAGGACAAAAGAGCCAGUGUGACAAUAAGGAACAUGGUGAGGAAUGUCCUUAGAAGGCUCCUGGAGACUGAGUCAUGUGGGCACUUCAUAGGUCAUGCUACGAGCAACUUUAUCUCAUGAAAAUGUGGCAUGAAAUGAAAGGAGUAUAUGAAGACAGCACACUGAUUGCUCCAUGGGGAGGACUUUACGGUUCUGCCUGGCCAGAAAUAAGGAAAGUAGAACUGGCAUCCGAAUCCUUGGGGAAAGGCUAGCAGUUGUCUAUAUGACAGAGGUGGGAAUUCUGAGAAAUGCUUCAAGUCUGACGGAAUCUUGAAGGUGCGGUCACUGAGGGUGACUCAAAGUUGAGGUGUCAACAGCUGGAAGAGCACAAGUGACAUGCUCUAAGGUAGGGAA